CUCAAGGUCAUGCUAGAGCUUUCAAAUCAGAAGUUUCGACUCAUGAAUGAGGUUUUCUCACGUUCUUGAUAGUUAUGUGAGGGCUGUUAUCAUUGGACCUCCAGGUUCAGGGAAAGCAACGGUCUCUUCACGUUUGCUGAAGGAUUUUCCACUGGGAUAUGUUAGCUGUGGCGAUGUAUUAAGGAACCACGUAGCCAUGAAAACAGACGUUGGAAUUCAAGCCAGCAAGUAUAUUCAAACAGGCCAGCUUGUGCCAGACAGUGUGGUUGUUAAAAUGAUGGUAUCUCGAUGUCACGAACAUAUAAAUCAUAAUUUACUAAUCGAUGGGUUUCCUAGAACUGUUAAACAAGCUGAAUGCAUUCGGGAAAAGCUGCCUAUUACAUGUGUACUUUGUUUAGAUGUACCUUUUGAAGAGAUUGUUAGCAGAAUCAGUGGUAGAUACAUUCACUUACCAAGUGGUAGGACAUACAACGAUAAUUUCAACCCCCCAAAACGUAGGGGAUUCGAUGAUCUGACUGGAGAACCUUUAGUGCGAAGGGAAGAUGAUGAUCCAUUAGCACUUCGUAAACGUUUGGAUGUUUAUCAAUUCUCUACAUUGUCGUUACUAGAGUUUUACAGGUAGGUGUUGUUUAAUUUGAUGACAUGUUAUUUGAAAAGUACUUCUCUACCACUCCCUUAGUGUGCUAAAUUGGACCGUUGUACUUGUUAUUGGUUUGUCGUUAUCAGGAAUAUGCGUUUCUACUGAGAAUUAUAGCUUGAUUUUCAGUUGAUUCAAAUGAGACUUUUCAGUGUAUAGGUUGAGUUGAAACUCGUAAUUGUAUGAUCUGGAAUAUUGGUUGAUUCCCAAAAAUGAAGUAAGUGGGGAUUAUUUUAACCUACACAACCCGCUGGACAAAAGUGAAUUGUCUGGACGACUGAACUACAGUUCAUGCAAAGAAGAAACUGUUAUUUGUUUCCAGUGGUUU